AGCAAUUGUCUUUGCUAAUUGUAUGCUCCAUGAAGAGAAUGAUUCAAAAUUCAUAUCAAAGACCAACAGGGCUAUUACAUGAAUUAGAGAAGAGAGAUGAGUAUGAAAAAAUGUGGCAUGCUCAAAUAUUUGUUCCAUCACUAAAAGAAGUUGAAAACAAUUUUACAAGUUAUUUGUCUAAAUUAAAAGCUGAUGACCUUGUAGCUAAAUUGAACUUAAGAGAGCUUGGUUGUACUUACCUUCAUGUGCCCACAUUACAGCAGUUCACUCAUUUUGUGCAAAGACACUGUGCUUCCUCUGAACAAAAAGGGAAAUAUGAUGUUUUAGUGAAACUAAUAAAUUCAUAUUCUCGUCUUCAGUCUUAUAGUGCUUUAUUACCAUCUCUCAUUGAAUUCUAUCAGUGGAUUGUUACUGACUUGUCUCAUGAUCUUACUCAAGAGGAAAGCACAAAAAUGGGCAUAUGUAGUGCUGUGAAAUAUGCUUCAGAAAAAUAUUCAAAAGAUGUGGAAAAGAAUUACACUAAAUUAUUUGAAAGAGUACAAAAUGAUUACAAUGAAUAUUUGAAAGUGAUUGACUUUUCAAUUGGUGCUGGUGCUUGUGCCAAUGUACAAAGGAAAAAUGAAGUUCCAUUAAUGAAUGAUGCAGUGUUUGUGUUUCGAUUUUUACCAGGAGGGACAAGUGUUGAGACAGAGGAAGAAAGAGAUUAUCUGUUCCUUGUAAUUCAAGAUAUUGUUAAUUUUCAUAACAACUUUUUAAGAGAGAUAAAUGAACUGAUCAAGCGUAAUGAUAAUCUUAAAAAGUAUUUGUCUACACUUUCAGAUGAAGAGAAUGCUGAGUUUGCAAUGCCUCGCGUGCACCCAUUAGCUGUCAAUGAAUAUUCAUGUAUAUUAGGCCACAAUGUAUCAAAUAGAAGGUUGCUGUUAGAACUAGUACAUAAACAUCAAACUGAAACUGGAUAUGAUUUAGAUAAAAUACAAGAAGAAAUUGUAGUGCAUUUCAUUGCUGGAAAACUUCGAAUUGAUGAUUGCCAAACUAAACUCAAAUUGCAAUUUCACUACAAAGUAAUGCGCACUGAACAAAGCAAAAUGCAACAUCCAACUGAACUAAUGCUCACACUUGACCAGCUAAAUGAUAAAGAUAUGAAAAAAUCAAUACCUCAAGAUGAAGGCUUUUUGACAGCUCUAAAGUAUGAGUUGUACACUCUUGAUUAUGAUAAACUUGUAGAAGUGGCUCAUUGUCUAAAAACUAUUGCUGAACACAUCAUUAAAAAAAUUGAAGAGGGUCAAAUUCUUAAAAAUGACAUUAUUGAUCAAAAUGUGGGAGAUGUUUUACCAAAAAUAGUUUAUGAUCAAGAGGAUCAACAUGAUUCAUUGAAGGUUUUUGAUGACCUUGGAAUGAACAAACUUCAAAAUACUCAUCGUGUACGUAUUGUAGCUAUACCCAUGAAGCAUUUAUUGACAACAUUGCAAGUUAUUGUAGAGUGGAUUAAAGAUGGAAUAUAUGAUUUCCAUACUUUACCAAAAGCAAUGAAAGUACCAUUGACAAAAGAAGAUGAAGAAAAAAUAUUUGCUAUUCAGAAAGAUUUCAAACAAAAUCACAUUGAUGAACUAUUGGAGAAAUUAAAAGGAAUUGUUGUUGUUUUGACAGACUGUGAACAAGAUCUUAUGAAAAAGAUUGAUGAAGAGCCGGAUGUAUCAAUAUUUCAAUAUUUGAGAAAUUUGUCACUUGUAACUGAUGAUGAUGAAAAUCUUAUUAAGCUAUUUCCAAAACAUAUAAAACCCAGACACUACAUGGCAUUACGAAUAUGCUUAAGAAAAGUUAUUAUUUGCAUUGAAGAAGAACGACUUGACGAAGGCUCACAUAAAAACAAAUGGUCUGAAUAUAUUGAGGACCUAUGGUCAGAAGAAAAACUAGAGCACCUUAGAGAAAUGGCAACUGAAAUUGAUUACACUCAAGUUUAUGAUCCAGUCAAAGGUGCAUAUGGCUUUGAUGAUGAGGAAAUCAUAGCGGAAGAAAACAUUAUAACUGAAGAAGAUGAAAGCAUGCCUGAAGUGUCACAAGAUUUUCCAAAUUUAAGUCGACCUGAGACUAUUAUUGAAGAAGCUCCACCUGCAGCACAAACCAGUGAUCAUGAUCUUAGUGCUGCAGCUGAAAAAGUUACUUCUACAGAAAUAUCUAACUAUCUUCGCUCCCUGAAAUUAGAUCAAUACAUUGAGGAGUUUAUGGAAAUGGAAAUUGAUGGUAUUGCUUUGUUUGAUAUUGAUGAUGAAACCUUGGAAACACUGGGUGUGGACACAAAGAAAGACAGGCUUAAAAUAAAGACCAGGUUUAAGCAAUGGUUAAGAAAAAAGCCUGUGUAGAUCUAGUAUACCGGUAGUUUACAUCUAUAUUGUAGUUUGUAGUGACUUUAAUUGCUGAUUUAAACUAGCUAGACUAAUUAAUACAAUAUUUUUAUAGAUUUGAGUGGAACUUUUUUGUGCUGAACUAAUUAAAAAUUGCAAUGUUUAGUCAGAUUUAAUAGUAAAUUUAUAAUUAUUAAAAUUUUUGCACAAAUUUUAAUAUCCCGGCAAUCGAUAUGCAUGAAAAU